AUGGAGAACCUACAAGCUUUGCGAGAUUGGUUCUGGAGCGAGAAGUUUUGGUUGUUGAAUAAUGUAACAUGGAAAGACUUCGAAAACCCUCCACCUGGCAUUUAUUAUCCUUUAGAGAGACACAUUUUUCUACCAAGCAUUGCUAUAGGAAUUAUUUUUAUUGGAAUACGACUCGCUUACGAAAGGUUGCUGGUGGUCCCGUUUGCCCAGUACAUGGGACUGACCUUCAAGAAACAUUACACUAUAGAGAAGAAUCCUGUUUUGGAGGCUUUGUAUAGCACUGAAAAGUAUCCAGAACAACAACAAGUCCAGGAAUUGUCCAAAAAGACGAGUUUAACAGAACGACAGAUACAAAGAUGGUUCCGACACCGACGCAGUCAAGAUAUGCCUGGCAGGAUGAAAAAGUUCAGGGAAUGCAGCUAUUCAAAUCUGUUUUUUUAUAUGAAUUAUUUACGAGAUCUUAUUUUGUUCUUACAGAAACCAUACCUAUGGGAAACUAAAUACUGUUGGAUUGACUAUAAGCACCAGCAUGUUCCAGACGAUGUGUACUGGUUUUACACUCUUGAGCUGGCAUUCUACUGGAACUUGGUAUUUAGCGUGCUGUCCGACCACAAGAGGAAGGAUUCCACACAGAUGUUUAUUCAUCAUAUCGUCACCAUCACACUUAUCUACUUCUCAUUUGCCUCCAACACAAUCCGCAUCGGUGCCAUCGUCUUGGUUGUCCAUGAUUCUGUUGAUCUGUGGAUGGCAGGUGCCAAGAUGGCUAAUUAUUUGAAGAAGGAGACUUUAACAGACACUUUGUUUGCUGUGUUUUUUGUUGUCUGGUUAUUUACGAGACUGUAUGUUUAUCCGUUCAGGGUAGUAUGGUCAGCAAGCUUUGAGUCCCUACAAUAUAAUCCAAUGUGGCCAGCUUAUUGGCCCCUGAACGGUCUACUCUGGGUCCUACAGGUGCUUCAUAUUAUCUGGACAGUGAUGAUCCUCCGUAUCUUCAUUAACAAAGUGACAGGGGAGAAAAAGACAAAAGAUGUUCGCAGUGAAUCUGAGGAUACAACAGCAGGUGAGGAGGACAACAAAUCUCAUGAGUCAAACAUUGCUGCCAAUGGCUCUACAUCCUUAAGGAAACUACAGACUGCAGGCAACAGAUGA